GCGAUUGCGGGUUACCGGGGUUGGGGGUUUCCCGAUAUUCAUCUUGUUAUGCCGCCAGUUUGUUUCUCUGUCGCUCAUUUUUACGAAUUUUCAUAUCAUUCAUGCCGGAGCCCCUUUCUAGGGGCAUAUUAUGCAUCGGCGCCAGCUACGUUGGCAAGAUAUUUCCCUACCUGCCAACUUUGGGUUUGACGUGAACUUGGAGAAAUAUUUAGAAAAAAAAAAGAAGAAGAAAAGGAACAAGGUCUACACAAGCAUUUCUGACCGCACUACGGGAGAGGAGAAGCCAAUUGAUUGGGUUGGAAGCGAUCCUGUUCUCUCGCUUUUUCAAAUUCCCCUGCUUGCGGGCUAGAAUACAUAUGUCAACAACUGCCGUCGCAUCCGAACCUGUCUACUAGAAACUACACCUCCCUGAAAACACGUCCACAUUGCUACAAAACAGCCAUGGAGGGUGUCAACGUCUCCGAGCUCGUCGAGCGGCUGGGCAGCGAUGAGGACGCAGUGCGCAAAAUGGCCGUUUUCAAGCUCCAAUCGAACAUCGGCGACCCGUCGUUCGCUGACGUGUUCAUAUCGGAAGGCGGGUUGGCGAAGUUGAAGUACCUGGCGUUGACGGCUACGGGGAAUACGCUUGCAUACAGCCUGGCGUCGUUUUCGCGGUUGCUGGAAGUUGAUAAGGGGUGGGAGUGUGUGGAACAAGAUCUGGUUACGAGGAUUGUUGAGCUUAUCGUUACCCAUCCGCUUGUGAAUAUCCUUCGUGGCGCGAUGUCGAUCUUAGUAUCCAUCGUUUCUCAUCCACAUACGAGCCAGCAUCGCUCGCAAGAACCAGGCGUGUUUGGGUUCCAAGCGCUGAAACCUGCAAUUGCGGUCUACCCACAUUUUCUGGAAAUGCUUGUCAGCAGGCUAUCGUCCGCAGACCAUGCGCUGUGUGCCAAUGCGCUGCAGUUAAUUAAUUCAUUGAUGAGGGACUCGAUCAUCAACGAGAGUGAGGCGGAGUGGCCCAAGUUUAUAAAACGGUUACAGGAUCUAGGUGUUAUUCGAGCGGUGUAUGUGUUGAUGCAAGGCACGGCACUGCAGGACCUGGCUCACCCGCUCCUUGAGUUUCAAUCAUCGACAAAAGUCCUCUUGCGAAAGUGGAAGGAUGUCCCUGUUGAAUUAGAGAAGCCGGAGCAUCGGAGGGCGUUAAAAGGGAUUCAUCUGGCUAGCAAAACUGAGAAGGAGAGGGAGAAGGACAAGGACAGGGCAGCGUCGGAGAAAGGGGAUGACACGCAGCGGUCUCGAAGACAUAACCCGGAGAAAUGGAGGCGGCUUGGAUUUGAAUCGGAAAGCCCCCAGUGGGAAUUUGAAGAGAUGGGGUUCCUGGGUAUGAUGGAUUUGACGGACUAUGUGAGGAAGCAUCAGGAUGAAUUCCAGAAAAUGCUUUUGGAGCAAUCUGCGAAACCGCCGCCUCAGCGAUGUCCGAUUGCAAGAGCGUCCCUGGCUAUCACUUCAGUCCUCUAUGAGCAUUUCGAGGUUGAGAAGUCGGAUCUGGACGAUGUGAAGAGUUAUCUUGUACUUGAGUCAAGGUCGAAUUAUGAUAAGUUAUUCAAACCGCUUCUUCUCCACUGGCCUAGAUUACAUGUCGCGGGGGUGCACGCGUUUUUCCGUCUGUGGAAAGCUACCGGCGCUGAACUGGAGGACUUUUCUAAAAUUGUGGAACUGGUUCGAAUCCUUAUCGAAUCUGUCGUCGGCGGCGCCGCGCGGACAAAGGAUGUGCAUGAUGUUGAGGAGGAGAUGGCGGAGUUCGAAUACCAACGCCUUAGAGAGUUGCAGAUGGAAUUGCUAGAGCUAACUUACGAAGAUGCAUGGGGUCAACAUCUACUCCAGGUCCGCGAUGAGCUCCAUCACGAAGCGCUACAGUUUGUGAAAGAGCAGCGCAUCAGAUGUUUGUUAGAGGGGGCGUGGUUUCCGACGGAGAACGCUCAUAGUAAGGUGGAAAAUGGGGUGAAUAACAAUGGGAAGCAAGAUGCGAAACGCGCAGGGGCUCCGACGACUAUAUGUCGCUAUGUGCAGUUGUCGCAUAAUCGACGGUACUUGCAUUAUGCCGACUUUGUGUCGAUGGGACAGCAGGCGCCUGAUUUAGAGACACUCACGGAUAAAAUUGACCUUAACAUCGUCUCCUCCGUCGUGUCCAAUGUUUCCGCCUCUUCCGACGCGUCCUCCGGCUCUACCAUAAAAACCCUCCCCCACCCAUCCUCUUCCACCAAAAUCAGCAUCCACGGCUACGUCAGUCGACCUCCGGGCUCUUCCUCCAACAACAGUCCCCAAAAGCACCAGCAUCAACGCAGCAACAGCAAGAACACACAAAAGGAAGCCGUCCUUCUAACACUGCACCCGCAAUCCCAUAGCAUCGCAUCCGAGUGGUUGGAUGGACUACUAAUGCUGCUCAAUCAGCAGCCCAUCACUGCAGAGACGAAUAAAUUGAUUAACCUAGUUAGUAAUUAUGGGCUGAAAAUUCGGCUGUUGAAUAUCAGGUUUGAUGAUGGGACGUUCGUAGGAGAUCCGCCUGAGAUUCCAAGUCGAGACGGGCUGGAUGAGGAUUAUUAUUAUGACAUGUUUGGGGGGAGUUGAGAGCUUAAGAGGGUGCGGUCAGAUUUCCAUUUUCUGCCUUUCAAGUCCAUUUUGUUUCUUUCAUUUUUUUUCCCCUUUUUCAUUUCCUUCUUCUUUCUCCGGAGGUUUUCUUGAACGCAGGCUCGUAGUUUGAUCAGGGGAUCUUCUGAUUUGAUAGAAAUAUGUGUCUGGUUUUUUAUUUUUUUGUCCCUGGUUGGAGUUUGAAAACCGGUUGGCCUAUUUUUCCAUUUCCCGUUAACUCGCGCGUCCGAGGGCCAUGCGAUUUCGUUUUUCAAUUUCGGUUCGUGUACAAUUUCUUUGCUUUUUUUCCUCCGGGUUUGCCCUUUGUUGUAGAUAGAUACCUGCCCUUCCCUGCCACCAUGUUUGAUUAUCAUGAGAGGUUCAAGUUGUUUUUGAAUUGUCUUUUAAGGAACACCUCAUAUUAGUAUCCAUGGAUAGAGAUUCUUUUUGUU